GUGCUCUCCACAACCCGUAAAUAAUGAAACAGUUCAUGUCACACGGAUUUCUUCGAUAGGAUGUAACACUGCAAGUUGCACAGUCCUGCCUGCAUCCAUCAUCCGUUAGUUCGACUCCCGAACAAAUUAUUGAACUAUUAUAAACUAUACUUUUGAUAAACAAUAAUUGGAGGGAUUUGGACCUUUAAACGAAAGUCCUUUUUCUCUCGAGGGGUAUAGUGAGUGAUGUAUAAAUGCGGACUGCUCAGUGGAGUCAGGCAACGAAGGAGUAAAAAGUAAGUGCGAGCUGGGGAGCGAGCGGGGGAGCGCGCGCCAGAGAGGGAGCGAGAGAACGCCAGCGGACCUCAAGACCGAGGGCGAAAGGAGUGUCGCGGUUCCUGCUAUAAUAACAGCUACUAAAAACCUCCACUAACAGCGAACGCUGGAAGCGGUCCAUCAGCCAAACCUGCUCAAAAUGAUUAUCCAACUCCUAUGGUUUCUUGUCUGCGGCAGUCAAGCUGUUCUGCAGGUAUCCAUAUCCUUGAACAAGGUGGAGCUAAGUGUGGGAGAGUCCAAGUUCUUCAAAUGCACAGUGAUCGGAGAGCUGGUCAACCUGGAGUGGUUUAACCCCCAGGGGGAGCGCAUCGUGUCGUCCCAGCGUGUGGCCCUGCACACCGGGGAGGACAGCUCCAGGCUGACCAUCUAUAAUGCUGAGGUGGAGGACGCGGGCAUCUACCGCUGCCAGGCCACCGACGCCCAGGGACAGACACAGGAGGCCACCAUGGUGCUGGAGAUGUACCAGAAGCUGACGUUCCGCAACGUGAGGUCCCCCCAGGAGUUCCGUCACGACGAGGCGGCAGAGGUCGUGUGUGAUGUCAUCGCCUCCCCGGCACCCGCGGUCACUUGGUUCUACCAAAAGGGCUUCAGGAGCAUGGAGAUCACAGAGGAGCACUACAGCAGGUUCCAGGUGCUGCCCAACAACAACCUGCAGAUCCACAAGGUGACCAAGGCGGACGAGGGCGUGUACCGCUGUGAGGCGCGAGUGGAGGCCCGCGGCGAGAUCGACUUUGUCGACAUCGAGGUGGUGGUGAAUGUUCCUCCUGUGCUGUCGGUACUACAGCAGUCAUUCAAUGCCACAGCAGAUUACCAGGAGUCAGUGACUUUCACCUGCAUCACAUCAGGAUCCCCCAACCCCGAGGUCACCUGGCACAGGAAGGGCCAGCAGUUGGAGAGGUCAGAGCAAUAUGUCCUCAACACCAUGGAGGCAGGCAGGAGUACCCUGACCAUCCGCAACAUCAUCCAGGGGGACGGGGGCGACUAUACCUGCCGAGCCACCAACAAGGCCGGGGCAGAGGAGAGGGAGCUCUUCCUCAAAGUGUUCGUCCAGCCACACAUCACCCAGCUGCGUAACGUGACGGCGGUAGAGGGCAGCGCCGCCAUGAUCUCCUGCGUGGCUGAGGGGGAGCCGCUCCCUGAGAUCUCCUGGAGGAGAGCCAGUGACGGUCAGAGCUUCGCCGAUGGAGACAAGAGCCAGGAUGGGCGUGUGGACGUGCGGGGCCGCCAUGGCAAGUCCAUGUUGACCAUCAGUGGGGUGAAGCUAACUGACUUAGGCCGUUUUGACUGUGAGGCCCUCAGCAGGAUCGGGGGCCACCAAAAGAGCAUGUUCCUCGAUAUAGAGUACAUGCCCAAGUUCCAGACCAACCAAACCAUCUUUUACUCGUGGGAGGGCAACCCGGUAAACAUCAGCUGUGAUGUCAAGUCCAACCCGCCCGCCACCAUGCUGUGGAGGAGAGAACGCCUCACCAUCUCAGCCGAGGGCACUGCCACCACACGCAUCCACACGACCGACGGCAAGUCCCUGCUAGAGGUCACCCCAGUGUCCGACAGGGAUUUCGGACGCUACAACUGCACGGCCCGGAACAACAUCGGAGUGAAAUACCAGGAGUUCAUCUUGGCCCAGGCAGACGUGCCCUCGAACCCGUACUCGGUGCGCUUGUCGGCCGUGUCACAGCGCAUCGCCACGGUGACAUUCAUGAAACCCGACUCACAUGGCGGUGUACCCAUUGGCCACUACCUGGUCAACUACAAAGAAGUGGGCUCGCAGGACUGGAGAGACGUCAAGUCACAUGGCGUCCAGACGAUAGUACUGCUGACAGGCCUAGAGCCCAACACCACCUACGAAGUGCGAGUGGCUGCAGUCAAUGGGAAGGGCCAGGGGGAGUUCAGUCACACGGAGUCCUUCCAGACUUUACCCAUACGUGAGCCCAGCCCUCCGGCAGUGCAUGGCCAGAGAGGGAUGGGAAAGACCUACCGGCUGGGCCUUGUCAAGCAAGACGACGGGGGCAUGCCCAUCGUGGAGUACAUUGUCAAGUACAAGACAGACAAGGAGGAGCAGUGGAUGACGAAGCUGGUGUCGGGGCAGCAUGACUUUGCCUUGCUGCAGCCGCUGCAGUGGAACAUGCGCUACGAGGUGGAGAUCACAGCUCGCAACGUCAAGGGCCUUUCGGAGCCCACCUUCUACCAGUUCUUCAUGCCCCAGAAACCCGACAUCAUAGCAGACUCCCUGUUCAGCGGCCUAGGGUUGGGGCCUGUGGUGGGCCUGGGCCUGGUCGGCUUCCUCCUGGUCCUCAUAGUGGUGGACGUCAGCUGCUACUUCCUGCGCCAGUGUGGCCUGCUGAUGUGUAUCACGCGCAAGCUCUGCAGCAAGAAGACGACCACCAGCGGCAAGAGCAAGGAGAUGGAGGAGGGCAAGGCCGCCUACCUGGGCGAUGGGUCCAAGGAUCCUAUCGUUGAGAUGAGAACGGAAGAGGAGAGAAUAACUAACCACGAUGGGAGCCCAGUGCACGAACCCAACGAGACUACACCUCUCACAGAGCCAGAGAAGCUACCGCUGAAGGAGGAGAACGGGAAGGAGACGCUCAAGCCCGACAUGAUCGAGAUCAAAGUGCACAGCGACAACAGCAUCCACACAAAGCGGGACGACAGUAAAGCAUAAAACGUGUGUGCCCUUUUGCCCCUCGCUGCAAACGAGAACAUUUCGGAGCAUCUUACCCUGAGAUCAAAAUACAGAAAAAAACACAACACAUAAAAAAAUAUAUGUCCAUAAGGGCCCAGAGAAAAAGAAAAGUGUGUGUAAAUACAAAUAAGAGAGAGCAAGCCAGAGAGAAAGAGAGAGGAAGACCCCAACAACAAGCGUUUAUAUGUGACUAAUCAAUUAUGUUGUUUCUAUCCAAGAUGGCUCCAGUCAAGGACACUUUGUGUUGAUCAGUGAUUGUAAUAUUGUUUCUUUUUUUCCUCUGACUUUGGUUUUGUUGUUGUUUUUUACGCCUUUGCCGUUGCUUAUCCGUUGCUUUUAUUUAUUUUCCUUCCCCCUCUUAUUCAAUCCCCAUUUGCGAAAACACCCGCUCCUAAACACAUGCAUAAACACGAACACAUACACACAUACACACCAAAGCUCUCUGUCACACGGAUAAGUACCGCCACUAUCAACUCCCACUCAAGUCUGCUGUGCCUGGUAAAAAGAUCUCCAACAGUGGCAUUUACAGAGUAAGCUACCCUACCCCCACUGCAGCAGUCUCGUCUGUAUUCUAUUGCGGCUCUGGUCUAAGAUGUGAUGUCUGGGCUGUCCUGUCUAAUGCUUGUGUACUACGCUACAUUCGCCCCUGUAUGCCUGAGUAUGCCCACUCCUCUUUGAGCUUCCGUCUCAGAGAAUGUUGAGCUUGCUCAUCGGUUAUGCCACCAUUUUGUUUUGUUUUUCUUUUAAAGAAGAUGAAAAAAUUAACAGGUACUGUAAAGGUACCUUUGUAGUUAUACUCGUCUUGGUGUGUCUGAAUGAGAGCUUCCACUGAAGCGUGUGUCUGCUGUUAUAAGUGUGAGAGCUAUUUUUGUGUAAAUAUAUUCAGCAUAUUUGAUCAAAAUCGUUUGCGUUAACUAUGCAGACCGUCUGUCUCCAUUAUUUUACUAGUGUACCAUGUAUUUCCAUAAGGUGACAGCAUGACAGGAAAAAAAUCUCUGAUGAUAACAGCUAUUUGUUAGCCAGUCGGAAAGAAUCCCCCAAGAUCCAUUAUGGUUCUAGGUGGUUACAUCUGGGAGGACUACAUGGUCAGUACACAUGGUCUGUGUGGUCAGGAAGUAAGCCAGGAAAUGUUAAAUAUUUUGAACAGAAUAUGAACAUCGUUACACCUGCCACUGUUGACCAAUGAGCUGGCUUCAUUGUAGGGGAUUGUACAAGGCUGUGUUUUAGCACUGGUUUUGAUGUGAUGCCAUGACCAAUAAUGUCAAAAACAGAGUACUGCUGUUUUUCGGCAGAAAAUUCAUCUGUACCGAGCCCUUGGAGUUAUAGGUAAUGUUUCCUGUGUAUAUGUUAACCGUCUUCAUGGUGUAUCCGUAACCAGGCUACAGCGCUUGUUAUCUCACACAACAAUAAACAACAGAGACCAUUUUGUGUUAUUUUAUGGUUACUCUGCUUUACAUGGAAUGUUAUUUUAAUUCAUUUUUUGCAGUAAAACAUUUUUUUUGACAUUCUUUCUCAGACAAGAAAAAAAACAAUUGAUGUUGACAUGAAAUUGAAAUGUGAAAAUAAUGUGGUUGUCAUACAGUUCUGUAAGUAUUUAUUGGGAAAAAAGUAGUCUAUAAAAAGGAAAAGACGGUCAUGCCCGAUAUUGUUUGUUUAAUUUGAAAGUUGUGCCACCAUUCUAUUGGCUAAAGGCGAAAACCAAUGAAUGUCGAAUUGUUCUGUUCUCAACUGCUAAAGACCAGACUCCAACACACGGGCAUAAAGUAUUUCAGUCAUGCUAUUUAGAUACACUUACAUUAUAGCUGAUUUUAGUUUCAUGCCAAUAUUAAUGAUCAAAAACCAAUCACUUUUUUGUGUUCAUUUCCUGUAUCCGAUGUUGUCAUGUAAAUAGGUAAAGAAAAAAAAGAUAUUUUACAAAGCUCGUGUAAAUAGACCCGGAAAAUAUGAGUCUUUUUUCAAAAGCAAAAACAGGCUUUCUUGUGUGAACGCUCUCCAGCUGAAAAAAACGCUUAUUUUAGUUCUGGUCCGACAGUUCAGUGACGAUGUGACAGUGGUCUUUACUAUUCAUCACUUUACCCUCAAGAAACCACACACACAGUGGGCCACUUCACAUCAUUUCAAUGGAGGCUGUAAUAAAGAUAAUAGCAUGCCUUGGUUUUCCCACGGCCCAUUGUCCCCCUGGUCCCUUGCUGCAGUGGCAACAGUGUAAACCAUUAAAUAAAAAUUUAAUAGGCUUGUUUGCCAUUAGCCGAGGGAGCGGCGCACAUGAUCUUUGGAGACUGGACUGUUCCUUGCAGAGUCGACGUGACGGACACCGACAUGCUGCCCAUUAGUUUGUAAUUACCCUGUCGUUAAUUAUACAGUGGUGCUGUGAAUGCUGGGGAAUGUAGUAUUUGCCACUGCUUGAGAGCUAGGUGGACUCUGACAGUUAGCUCUGCUAGGGUAACUAGGGUUUUAGCACAGGCAGCAUACAGUAUUUGAGCACUGAAAUGUUUGUGUGCGUGCCUGUACAUGUAAGUAUAAGUCCAUAUGUGCUGUGUGCGUGUGCUGUGUGUGUCUUACACUGAAUUAAAAAAUGGAUUAUCAUGUAUAUCGCUGUCAUCAAUUCUAUGGGUGGAGCGCUCUGCAUGUGUGUCUGAGAAUCCCCUCUACCCCUUUUUGCUCCAUUGGUUUUACCCCAUAAAACUGACUUUGUUUUCUCCCCCAAAGCACGAUGUGUAAACUGUACCUGCAAUCUUGGAGUUGCUCUGUAGCCUGUUAAGACAACUGUAAAUAGGGAGCACAGUGCCUGAUGGCCAUGAGAUUUGUACAUGUUAUUUUAUAUCUGAAUAUGAGUCUUUUUCCCCAUUCCCUCUUCCCAAAUCUCUCCCCCUCGGACUCCGUCUCUGUCUCCAUAGAGAGUACUGGUGUGUUACUAGCUUCGUGGAUUGUGUCCCCCCCUCUUGUCCCCUUCUGGACUGUGCUUACGCAGGUAGUGGAAACUGUCGACGUGGCCGUAACUUGUGGAACACCCUGUAACAAACCUCCUGUCAUUUUAUCAUCUGUAAAUAAACAUGUCCUGGUAAAAGAUGA